CACACACACACAGAGAGAGAGAGACACACACACUCACGCUCUCUCUCUCUCGCGCGCGGCACACUGAGAGAGCGAGGAGGAGCAGGAGGAGGCAGCACUCUGAGGAGAAACCAGCGGCUCUGGAACAGCGGAGGAGUGCCGGAGCGGCGGCUGCCUGUCAGACCGGAGUCAGGGCUCACAGACCCCCUCGUCCCCAGGUGCAGCAGAAACCUGCACCUCCUGCUGCUCUCAGAGACACAGCCGAGAGUUUCUGCUGAAACACAGAAGAGUGGAGGAGCUGCAGACCUCAGGUCUGCUGGGUGGCUGGGUGGAUCGUUUCAGCAGCUGCUGCACAUUUUGGAGUCUCAUCAGCUCAGAGGAAAACUUUGGGAUUAUUUCAGUCUUUAAAAUAAGAAGACAGGGAAAGUCAUCAUCACCUGAGGGGGCGAGAAGAAACACCAGCGGAGGGAAAAAAGAGCAGAAGAAGUGCCAGUGUGCACGUUUGUGCAAAGGUUUAGUCAUCUGGAAGAAAAGCUUUCAUGAGUUGAGCCUGGCUGGAGGCUUUUGUCAUGGCAGCCGGCUGCAGAGCUUCCUGAGCGUCGACACAACAGUUUAACGGGACAUUUUUCAGCUCGACAGCGAGACGACCACAAGAGCUGCCGACGCCACGAGGAGGUGACGCGAGGACAGUGGAGACGCAGAUCUGUGGGGCUGAGCGAGUGUGCGUGCAGAUGCCACACGGCGCUGCAGACGAGCUCGGACGCCCGUGUCACGGAGCUCGAAGGCGACUCCUCGGAUUUCUCUCGCUGACUCUGUGAGUGGAAAAUAAAUCAGCAGGUUGGAUAUGAAACAACACAACGGCAUCGAGCACAAACAAAGCUUCAGAUCGUUCCUGCAGAGCUGGGCUGUGUGUCUGUGAUGAGCACAGACUGUCGUGUCGUUUUCAGGCUCUUUCAGGACAAACUGGUGGGUCACUGAGUGUCCAGCGACGCUCUGGACCUGACAUCACAGAAGAGCAUCGCUCUGAAAGGAGGCCGGCGAACACCUGCUUCUUGUUUUCGGACUGGAACAUGGCAGUGACACAGAGUUUGUCUCGCUUACGAGAGACGAUCUGAACUUUUAAAGGGAACAUUCAACAUUACGAAACUACAAAUCAAACGUACUGAAACAUUCGGAUGUUUCAGAAUCUGUUCCUAGCUGAAUAUUCAGAGGACGCUUUGAGGAUCGUUUCUGACUGACGGCGCCCUGCAGCAUCCACCGCCAUGCUCCCAGGAGGGCUGGGGUCCGGCGGAGGGGGUCGUGGCGGCGGCGGCCUGUGCCUGCUCCGGUGGCUGGGCCUCAGGCUGUGGUCUCGUCGGGGGACACUGGUCUUCGCUCUGCUCUGGUUCGGGUCCUGGUUGUUCCUGAACGGCCUGGUUCUGGUCCACAGGACCAUCCUGUCUGACUUCUGCACCGACGACAAGAGCAAGAGGAUCCUACAGAGACUGUGUCUGGAGUUCAGCGAGGGCUCGGUGACGGGCGACAUGUGCGAGGACCUGUGCGUGCUCGGCCUGGUCGAGUACAAACGCUGCCUCUACUACGAGAACGGGAAGAAGGUGAUCGAGGCGCGCUGGAGAGGAAGCCCCAUCAUCCUCAAGUCCAAGCUGGAGAACUUCUCCUCCUACGAGCCUCUGGGAAUUCUGGACUACCAGGACGCAGCCGAAGAGCUCUCCCCGCUCGAUGUCGUCUUUUACGCCACUCUGGAGGUACGAAACUCCCUGGGGCUGGCUGAGGAGAACGAGGAUGCAGACAGAGGAGGAGGAGUGAACAACAGCUCCCUGGCCAGACUUUUGGGCAAAAAGCUGAAAAACAGAGAGAUGAGUUACUCAAGAGCGGAGCUGGCCUCGCUCUGGGCCCUGCUGCAGCAGGAGGAGUACACCUUCCUCAGAGUCCUGCAGGACCUCAGCACCCACGUGGCCAAGGUGCUGGGCUCCUGUGGUCACUUCUACGCUGUGGAGUACCUCUCAGCCGGGCACGCCUGGGACCAGAACAUCUUUUCCCUGGAUGACGUGGCCAUUUCUGAGGUUCAGGAUCAGGGUGAAGGCGGAGACCGAGCCAGGUGGAAGGCCCGAGAGAUGAUGCACCGCAUCGCGCUGAGCUUCCUGGACAUGGUGUGGCACUUUGACAAUGACUUCACCCACAAGCUACACCUCUGCGACAUCAAACCGGAGAACUUUGCCAUCAGGAAGGACCUCACGGUGGUGGCGAUCGACGUGGACAUGGCGUUCUUCGAGCCGAAGAUGAGGGACAUCCUGGAACAGAACUGCAGCAGCGACGACGACUGCAACUUCUUCGACUGCUCGUCCAGGUGUAACCUGAGCAAACGCAGGUGCAGCCCGCGCCGCAGCAACAGCAACCUGCAGGUGAUCUGUGAGAAGAUUUUUAGACCGUGGUUUUCUCCCACGCUGCUUGGGGCCAAAGCAGCGCUCCCUCUGCAGGUGGAGCUGCAGCGAGCUCUGCAGGAGUGUUCAGCGACUGAAGGGGGCGUGGAGGAGUCAGAGGAGGAUGGAGGUGGUGGUGGUGGAGGAGGAGGAGGAGGAGGCAGGGGCGUCCAUCAGCGCCUCUUCAGUGUCCUGAAGCGCCUCAUCCAGGAGGGAGGGGCUUCAGAUGAAAGCGGAGAGGCAUGGGAGGGAAAAGGCCACGCCCACACUGCGCUGAACUUUUGAGCUGUAAUGAGAAGGUCGAUGUGGGCGGAGCAUCUCAGAAAACCAGAGAAUGUUUUAAAACUAUCAACGGGUCUCUUCAUGGCCAGAGAGCCCAGGUAAGACUGGCCACUCACUGAUGGGAAAAGACUCGUCCACUGACACAUUUUGGGUCCAGAACCACAGUUUGAGCCACUCUGAGUGUAAGUGACUCCGUCAGCAGGUCCCAUCUCAAAGAGACACAGCAGUGAGACUUUUGGCCUCAGUGUGCAUCGAACUCUAUCACGAUGAACAGUUUUAGACACACACACACAAAAGUCACGGUGUUCUCGCUGCCAGUGACGGACGUUUCAUCCUACCCAGUUUGUAAAAUUUAACCAGAACUUAAGGUGGAGUUCAGGAAAGGUCCACCUUUGCCUCCAACAAAGAGAACUUUGACCUAAGAACUGGUUUGCUGUGGAACAACUUGAGCUGCAUCCAUCACCUUUAGCUCACGAGUGUCCAGGUGCUCGUCUGGGAACGUCUGAUUGGGUCACAGCGAGCAUGGAAACAUUCAGCGACGCCUCACGUUUCUUCUCGUCACAGAACCAGGGAUCCAGUGUGGGCAGAUCCUCGCAGAUUUAUUAUCCUUUUACGUAACUGGUUAGUCUCAGUGAGAUUUUUCAAAAGAAGCUCUCUCAUUUGAAGAGAAACUGUAGAAAAUAAAUGUGUUUGAAUGAUAAAUGCUGAGAUACAAUGUAACAUAUGACUAAUGAUGUUUGAUUCACAGCUGAAUGAACGACUCUUGGCCUCUUUUAAAGGUUUUUAAUGGUUAAUUUGACAUGUUUUUGUCCCGUUGUCGACUGUUUUCAGGUUCCAAAGACAGAUACCAAUAAAACAUAUAU